CGGCCGGGGCGCGCUCCCCGCGAUGUGCGCGCAGCGGCGGGCGGCCGCCGGCCCGCUCCCAUAGCCCUGCCGGCAGCGCGGCGGCUGGCGGGGCCCCUCGGGAAGUUUGAUGGCUUCUUUGAGGAGAGUCAAAGUCCUGCUGGUGUUAAACCUGAUCGCCGUGGCUGGCUUCGUCCUCUUCCUGGCCAAGUGCAGACCCAUCACUACCAAGAGCGGCGACUCCUACCAUGACAUCCAUCCCAGGGCAGAAGUGGCCAACUUGACAGCCCGCGGCGUCAGCUCCAUCCAGGAUGCAGUGCUGAAGAGGCUCUCGCUCCUAGAAGACAUAGUCUACAGGCAGCUGAAUGGUCUCUCCAAGUCCCUUGGUCUCAUUGAGGGCUAUGGUGGCCGUGGCAAGGGUGGCCUCCCAGCCACCCUGUCCCCCGAGGAGGAGGAGAAAGCCAAGGGACCCCAUGAGAAAUAUGGCUACAACUCCUACCUCAGUGAGAAGAUUUCCCUGGAUCGUUCCAUCCCGGAUUAUCGUCCCACCAAGUGCAAAGAGCUGAAAUACGGAAAGGACCUGCCCCAGAUCUCCAUCAUCUUCAUCUUUGUGAACGAGGCGCUGUCGGUGAUCCUGCGCUCGGUGCACAGCGCCGUCAACCACACCCCCGCCCCCCUGCUCAAGGAGAUCAUCCUGGUGGACGACAACAGCGACGAGGAGGAGCUGAAGGCGCCGCUGGAGGAGUACGUCAACAAACGCUACCCGGGGCUGGUCAAGGUGGUGAGGAACCAGAAGAGGGAAGGGCUGAUCCGGGCCCGCAUCGAGGGCUGGAAAGCUGCCACAGGCCAGGUCACCGGCUUCUUUGAUGCCCACGUGGAGUUCACUGCUGGCUGGGCGGAGCCGGUGCUGUCCCGGAUCCAGGAGAACAGGAAGAGGGUGAUCCUGCCCUCCAUUGACAACAUCAAGCAGGACAACUUCGAGGUGCAGCGCUACGAGAACUCGGCACACGGCUACAGCUGGGAGCUGUGGUGCAUGUACAUCAGCCCCCCCAAGGACUGGUGGGACGCGGGGGACCCUUCUGUCCCCUGCAGGACCCCGGCCAUGAUCGGCUGCUCCUUCGUGGUCAACAGGAAGUUCUUUGGGGAGAUCGGGCUGCUGGACCCGGGCAUGGACGUGUACGGAGGGGAGAACAUCGAGCUGGGCAUCAAGGUGUGGCUGUGCGGGGGCAGCAUGGAGGUGCUGCCCUGCUCCAGGGUGGCCCACAUCGAGCGCAAGAAGAAGCCCUACAACAACAACAUCGGCUUCUACACCAAGCGCAACGCGCUGCGCGUGGCCGAGGUCUGGAUGGACGACUACAAGUGGCACGUCUACAUCGCCUGGAACCUGCCCCUGGAGAAUCCAGGGAUUGACAUUGGGGAUGUUUCUGAGAGGAAAGCAUUGAGGAAGAGCCUGAAGUGUAAAAAUUUCCAGUGGUACCUGGACCAUGUUUAUCCAGAAAUGAGGAGAUACAACAACACCAUUGCUUAUGGAGAGCUGCGGAACAACAAGGCCAAGGACGUGUGCCUGGACCAGGGCCCACAGGAGAACCACACAGCAAUCCUGUACCCGUGCCAUGGCUGGGGCCCCCAGCUGGCUCGAUACACCAAGGAGGGCUUCCUGCACCUGGGGGCCCUGGGCACCACCACACUGCUGCCCGACACGCGCUGCCUGGUGGACACGGGCAAGAGCCGCUUCCCGCAGCUGCUGGACUGUGACAAGGUCAAGAGCAGCCUCCACAAGCGCUGGAGCUUCAUCCAGAAUGGAGCCAUCCUGAACAAGGGCACGGGCCGGUGCCUGGAGGUGGAGAACAGGGGCAUGGCUGGCAUUGACCUGAUCCUUCGCAGCUGCACGGGGCAGAGGUGGACAAUUAAAAACUUCAUCAAGUAGAGGCUGAAAGAGUCAGGGAAGUGUGACUUGAGCCACGGCUGACGGGGACUGAUCCGCCUGGACUCCUUUGGAAAGGAUGGAAUAUCAACCACAGCUUUAUUUGUGUUCCUGGGAGAGGACCUGGGGGAGAUGGGCAAUUGUGGCUUUAUUUUUACUGUAUUUGAGUCUCCCCCAGCUGAUCCCAGCUGUGUGGAGCUGCCUCAGAGCUGUUCCCUCUGGCCAGCACUCCAAGAGGUGCCGCAUUCCCUGCUGGAGCAGUCUGCGAGCAUUUACUGACAGGGAAUUUCUGCUUUCCCACACAACUCCAAGCUCUCCCAAAGGGCUGGGGAGGCUUGCACCACGACCCUGGACAGACCUGCCUGGCAAGUGUGGAAACUGAGGAACUUGGGAGAGGAAAAGGUUCCAAGCCCCCAGAGGAGCCGAGUUUGAAGGAUGUGGUGUUUUGCUGGGUCCUUGUUCCCUUUUCCCUUUCCUGCCCCUGCAUCCAGCAGCCCCUUCCCUGAGUUUUGGAGAAGCAAAACACCCCCCCAGCAGCUCCCAGGGAUCUUUCCAACCCUUAAUCACAGAAGUUACCCAAAACAAUGCAGUGGAAUAAACCCCCUGACCUCCCCUUGCCCCCCUCUCCAUCACCCACGCACUGCUGGCCAAGCACCUCCCUCCUUGGAGAGCCCAAAGGGCACCUUGGGAAUGACCUGGGGUGUCUGCCUGCCCUUCUGGGUGACAGCAGGAAUGUUCUCUGAGGCUUGAGCACCCCUGUCCUGCCUGCUCAGGCGUGGCCAAGGUCCCCCCAGAGUCACUGCAGCCCUUCCUGGGCUGGGGAAGGGACAGGGAGGGAAGCCAAGGCACCAACAAAUGGCAGCUUGGCUGAAAUUCUUGGCCCUGAAGCCACUUCAGGUUUGUUGCUCUGGUGGAGGGAUCUCACCUGAUUUAUUUUUGGCUCACAGUAAUCCUGGCUGCCAAAUCCACCUGGGAGUCCUCUGCCUGGGGCCCUGCCUGGAGACAGGAAACAGGAUCCUGCAGAAUUCUGUAGGUGGGUGGACGCAGGCUUUGCUCAGCAGGGAGGAGAAACCAGCCCAUCUCCUGUCCUUCUCCCAGAAUAAUCCUCUUUGGCUGCCCUCUGGCUAGGGUGCACUAAAAUAGAUUAAUAUAUGAGAUGGAUGUGUAAAUAUGUUUCCCAAGCUGGGAUGUGCACAGAGUCCUUUGCUGCAGAGCACUCAUGCCUGUCUUCCAUUUGCAUCAGGAUGAAGCUCCCUGGAUGUUUAACGAGCUGAAGUUCCAAUGCCAUGCAGCAGGUUUAUAACUGAUGUUUUAGUAAUUUAUUGAACAGAAGCAGAUAUUUCAUUGUUCCUUCUGCAGCAGCUAGCAUCACCUAGGACUGAUUGUUCAUUUAGGCUUUACAAGGCUCCCUCAACCACUGGGGCUGUCUCUGAUUUUUUUUUCCCUUGCCUCCCUUAAUGAAGUAAAACCUCUUAGUUGUCCUGACCUGCAGAGUAGAGAGUCAAUGUAGAAUUUUGCUCUCUUUUUCGCUGUUGCAUCAUCCCUUGUGUAAUAAAUUUGAGCACUUCCAAACCCAAAAUGACCACAGCUCUGUGGAUGCAUGAGCCAGCUCCCCUUGCCUUUGUUGCUGCCUUCUAAGAGAAGCAAUUUCCUGGUGACUCCAGGACACCCUGAGGGUUUUGAGACCCCACAGCUCUGGUCCAGCUGGUGAAACGCCCUUAAACUGAGCAAAUACUGGAGGGAGAGACUGUGUGGGUCAGGAUAAGCAGCCAGACAGCCCCUGGAUGUCACCUGUGCUGUAAUUCAGCCCAGCUCAGGCCCUGCCAGUGCCCAGGGUGGCAGCAGAUGGCUUUUGUCCCAUGUCACAGUGGUGGGUGAGGUCCCACAGCAGGGCUGGAUGGGACCAGUGGCUGCUCCCUGGCUCCAUCCUGGCUGUGCUGAGCCCCUGGCCAGGAGGGCCUGGCUCUGUCCCAGUCCCUGCUGUCCCUGGUGCCACUGUGGUCCCUGUGCCAGGUGGCACGAGGAUCCUGCUGCUGCUGAGCUCUGGGAUCCUUUGGAAAGUUCAGGCUCUGCCUUUCCUUCGUGCUCCAGGAGGAGCAGCAGCCCCUGGCUCGGCACAGGGAAGGGAAGGUGCAGAUGAACUCUGGGCUCCAGGACCCUCAGCUGGGGCAGAGCCCUGGGGAGGCGUUGGCCCCUUCUCCCUGCUCCAGCUUCCAAACCGCUGGGAACAGGAGCAAAAUCAGGCUGAAAAGUGGGAAUUGGCUCUGCUGUUCUGUCCUGACGCUGUUAGUGACCCCGGGAGAAAUCUUGUCUGAGAUCUGGGUCUCGUUGUUGCAUCUCGCUUAUCUCUAAUCAUCUGUUAAUUGCUUUAAGAAGUGAUCUCCAAGUGAUUCUUAUUAAAUAUCUGGUUUGAGCCUUGCCUCUUGAGUGAUUUUCAAAAGAUUCUCUGCUGCUGAGAUACAGAGGCAGCCAUUCCUCUCUGUAACUCAUUUAAUAGCAAAGCGCUGCUGUUUUAAUAAAACUUCCAUCUUUAAAAGAAAUGGAAAUGAAGGAGAGUUCAAGAGAGAUGGUGGGCACAGAUUAACUGCAAUUCCAUCCACCCCUGCUGCUGCCACUCACCAGGGUAAGAGUUACACCCCACAAGCUGGAAGGAGAUGUAAUGUGGUCAAUAAAGCAAUACUUGCAUUCCCAA